CGGAGGGGCGCGAGCCGGGGGCGCGGGCGGGUGUAUGGCCCCCCCUCGCCUGCCUCCGCCGGGGCUACACGGCCCCCAAGACGCUGCGCCGCCAGGUAGCUUGGAAUUUCAGAGCAGCAACGGACGGCGUUCAGUUGGGCAGUGUGAGUACGUCCUUGCCGUGGGUAGGCCGUCCUUGUGUUGACAUGCUGUCCCGCGUUCAUCUGAAAUGCAGAUUUAACCGCACGUGCUGCAGUUUAUUUGCUAAAUAUAGCCGCCGUAUGGGGAGCCCACAGUUUCUCUCCAGUCCAGACCGCUUGUUAUAUGCAGCGCACACCCCUCCGCCCGCCCCGGCCUCCCCAAGUAAGAACUUUCUGCAAGUCCUUAUCAGAAAAGACUUUUUUGGUGGCAUCCAUCUCCGAGCCAGGAACUGCCUCCCCGGAUCCUGAGAGGAAAAUCAGGCAGGGAACUUGGCGCUCUUCGCAGGGCACACCCAGCUGAGGUCGGAGGCCUGGCGCAGGGAAGCGUCAGGGCGGGUUUGCUGAGUGCUCCGUGGUGAAUACUGGGCUUCAGGCCCCCGCAGGUGUUGGAGGGCUUCCUCCCUACCCUUGGGGAACAGGCACACUCCAAACCCCCCUUCUGGCAUCAAAGGAGCAAGUCUGAAGCCUUUCCAAAUCUGAAGCCUUCUAGAAAAAGGCUGUGUGUUGUUGGGGAGUGAGCCUGGACUUUAAGAUGAGACAGAAAUGGGCUUGAACCCCCAGUUCAGCCACUUAUUUGCUGGUGAACUUGGUUAGCUCACUGAGCCCUUGGCUUAAUCACUUGCAAAACAGGCAUCAGCACACCAAGUAAAACUGGUGGACAGGCCACAUGCAGACGCCCUCUCACUGUCACACAAACCCACUAAACGACAGUGAAAGAAUAGAAGACUGCCAGCCCACAAGCGCCAAGAGAACAGGAAGAAGGAGCAGCUAGUGAAGGCUGUAAACAAAUCUCGAAAUGACAGGAAGAUGAGUGACUCACUUUGCAAAGCAUCCUUAAGACCUUUGGGGAGAACCCUGGUGGUGCAGAGGAUCAAGGCUGUGGAAGGGCAGACUCGGCUGCUGGUGGUGGACAAAGAGACGGACGAGGAGCUCCGCCGGCGGCAGCUGACCUGCACUGAGGAGAUGGCCCAUCGAGGGCUUCCGCCCACCCACGACCCCUGGGAGCCAAAGCCGGACUGGGCACGUGCAAGCAGCCUGGGCUCCGAGGCUGGCCAGAAGGAUGUCGGUGGGGCCCCGAGGGAGCUACGCCCUCGGCUCUGCCACCUACGAAAGGGCCCCCAAGGCUAUGGGUUCAACCUGCACAGUGACAAGUCCAGGCCCGGACAGUAUAUCCGCUCGGUGGACCCAGGCUCGCCUGCUGCUCACUCUGGCCUCCACGCCCAGGACAGACUCAUCGAGGUGAAUGGGCAGAACGUCGAGGGGCUGCGCCAUGCAGAGGUGGUGGCCAGCAUCAAGGCGAGGGAGGAUGAGGCCCGGCUGCUGGUGGUGGACCCUGAGACGGACGAGUACUUCAAGCGACUACGGGUCACGCCCACUGAGGAGCAUGUGGAAGGUCCACUGCCAUCACCAGUCACCAAUGGGACCAGCCCUGCCCAGAUCAAUGGUGGCUCAGCGUGCUCGUCCCGAAGUGAUCUGCCUGGCUUAGACAAGGACACUGAGGACAGCACCUGGAAGCGGGACCCCUUUCAGGAGAGCGGGCUCCACCUGAGCCCCACAGCGGCCGAAGCCAAGGAGAAGGCGAGAGCCACACGGGUCAACAAGCGGGCCCCACAGAUGGACUGGAACCGGAAACGUGAGAUCUUCAGCAACUUCUGAGCCCCUCCCUGCCUGUCUGCACGGCCUUCAGGUUCUGCCCUGCGGGCCCCGCCCAGAGUUCCCCAAGCCUCGGUGGACUGGAGGGGGUGCCUUCUCACCCCCAGAAGCCGUGCUGGUCCCACCAUCACCCAGGAACCCAUGUGCGCCCCAGUGAGCCCCGUCCUGCCCCCCUACCUGCUGGGUGCUGGAUAGGGGAGAGGGGGCCCCCCCCCGAGAUAGAAGAGAGGGACAGGGAGAGGCAGUGCUGACCGUGGCCCGGCCCUUGCUGUUCUGCCAGGGCCUGCUGACUUAAAGGAAUUUGUGUUUUUGCUUUUCUUCCAAAAA